AAUGAAUCGUAGGACAGAUGUGACAUUGUCACUGUCAGAAAUAUAAAAUAUUCUCAAUUCCAAAUGGAAGGGAUAUAGUAUUUUGUUUAUUGAUUUUGCACAUUUAUUUUAUUUUAUGAAUUAAAAUGGCAAAAAAGCAAGGAAAAGUUUACUUAGGAUAUGAGGAAGAAAUAAUUAGUGAUAAAAAUCGAACGCUUCUAAAUUUUACAGUCAAUAAAAUCGGCGGAUUACCAGAUUGGCCUCCAAUAGAGAACCUGCAAUAUCCAUCCAAAUGUCCAAUAUGCAGCUUGCAUAGAUUGCUAAUAGUGCAAUGUUAUGCUCCUCUCGAAAAUUCUGUGUAUCAUCGAACACUAUACAUUUUUGCUUGUAUAAACACUAAUUGCUGGAACCAGUCAGAAAGUUGGGCAUGUAUUAGGUGCCAAGUAAAAGAUGAUCCCUCUAAAAGUAGCGCUGUUGUUGCCAUGCCGAGUGCAGACACCAAUUUAAGCUGGUGUACAGGAUCUGACGAUUGGGAUGAAAAUGACAAUGGAGAUUCUGCAAAUGGAAAUUUAAUGAGUGUUGAUAAUGCUGUUAAUCCUAAUAUACAGAGGAACUCUGAUGAUGACGAAAGCAAUUCUUAUGAUAUAGAAGCAGUUGAACAAGCUUUGGGACACAUGCAAGUUAUAGAUGCCCACAAUGCUAACAUGUCUCCAAUGCAAGGUGCUGUUGGCGAUAUUGGUGUGCCAAUGCCAGCAGCCGAACUUGAAGGUGGAGAUGAACCAGGACUGGUUACUGCGGAGACUCCCACAGCCCCUACUAGUAAUGUUGAGGCUCUGCUUCAUCAGACAGCUGAGCUCCCUGCAGAUCUGCGAAAUCGUCUUAUGUUGAGUCCAUUACAAUUCUUGCCCAGAUACAUUUAUGUUGAGGAGGAAUGGAAGAAAUCUGCAUGCAAUGAUGAAAAAGUUAAUGAUCUUUUGAAUAAAUAUACAAAAGAAAGUGAAAUUGAAGCAAAUAUCAAUGCAGAUAGAUUAGGAGGUGGUGGCGACGACGAACCAUACGAGGAGGCAACACCUUUACAUGGAGAUAAAUUGUUUCACGCCUUCCUUACUCGUCUACAGAAUAAUCCUGGACAAAUUCUUAGGUACAGUCGUGAUGAGCCACCUUUACUCGGGGCGCCAUUGCCCCUCAUCGAAGGUCCGGGAUGUCGUGCACCAACAGUUUGCAUGAGAUGUGGUUCAAGGCUCAUUUGUGAACUACAACUGGUUCCAGCAUUUGCAGAAAAUUUACAAAUACUUCCCGGAAAUGUAUCUCUAUCUCAUCUGCAUUUCCUAUCUGUUCUCGUCUUCACCUGCUCGCAAAGUUGCUGGCAGCCAAAUGAUACAUUUGUUCAAGAAACUAUUGUCUUCCAACCAGAAGUUAUAUAAUGCUUUAUUAUAGUAUAAAAUUAAUCUUAACUUUCCAGUUUUACAAAUGUAGCGGCUAGAUUUGCCUUGUAGCACUUUUAAGAUAGAUUUACAAUGGCACUUUCAAUUUACUCAAUUACAAUUACAAUUUCUUCCUGAUUAUGUGAGUUAUAUUUGCAUUUAAUAGAUCAUGUUACCUAUAGGUAUAUCAGGAAAAUAUAUAUUUUUUUUUUUUUGUUAUAAUUUCUUAAUGAUCUCAAAAAUGUGAAUACAAAUAUUAAUUAUUCUUGUACCAUAUAUUUUGUUAUAAGUAAAAAGGUGUAUGUUAUUUUUUAGAAUUAUUGUUAAUUUUAAUAUUGUAUUAACAUUAAGUUAUCAAUUUGAUAACUAUGAAAUAUUUCAAUAGAAUAAACAUUCAAUUGAUGACAUCUAAGAUUUAAACGCAACAAAUAAACUGGUUUAAAACCGUUUUAUUCCUGUAUUGGGUUGUAAAGGGACAAUUUAGACAUAAUAAGUAAUAAAUAUAAAUAUUGUUUCUUUGGAAUGAACUUGAAAAAAUCGUUUACAAUUACUCCAGUGCCUGUUAUUAGUUUAAACUAGAUUUUUACAUUACGAAAAUACUAAACUUAGGUUUGCUUAAGAAAAUGCAAUACAAUUUCAAUAAAUAGAAUGCGAUAAAUUUAAGAAUUUUAAAUAACAUCACUUGCACAACAAUCGCUAUAUAGUAAGUUUCGAAUUUUUCGUAUGUAUAUCUGUGAUUCUAAAGUAAAUAGUAAAUACCAACGUCUAUAGUUCCAUUCAAUGUUAAUGACUGCUCGGAACUGCACCGUUGCUCGAAAGGUGACGAUUGUGUGAUAUUCCAAGUUGCCAUUAAGUUUGCAUCUGAGUUAUGUUCAGAUUAGAUACUAGUAUAUUUUAUCUGUAGAAGUUGAAUGUUGUAACUUGUAUCUUUAUUUACCUAUAUAAGGAGUCCAUUUGAAACCUGCCAAAUAACGUGUAUUGUGUAGAAUGUUAAAAUAUAACAAUAAAUUAAAACUU